CUGAGGUAUCAACACGGCCUGUCCACUCCAGACCUGAGACAGACGCUGCCCAACCUGAAGAACUUUAUGGAACAUGGGCUGCUGGUUCGCUGUGACUGGUACCAGGGGUCCUCUUCCCUCCCCGUGCCCAUUAAGUCCCAGCUGAGUGUGUCUGCAGCCUCUGACAUGCCCUCGCCGCCCCACAUGGGCUCCCCAGAGCGGGUGCUCCGCAAGCGGGCCAGCUCCGAAGCCGACAAGCCCACGCAGCAGACCCCCCCACCCAGCUACAGCACUGCCAUGGCCCAGCCCGCGUCCCCCAUCCCUCUGACGGUUUCCUCCAGCGAGGAGCCGGACCAGGACAUCUCUCCCUCCCAGGAGCCGGCCGUUGAUCUGGUGGAGACGCCGGAGGUCCAGACCACGACAACGCCCCCGGCGGAGUCGGAGCCGGAGCCGGCCGAGCUGGAGAGGUCUCGUUCCCAGUCGGAAAGCGCUGCCUCCGACUCGACGGUUGCCACGGCGACCGCCCACCAACAUCAGGGUGACAUGGCGCCCGAGGAGACUGAGGUCAGCCAGCAGCCGCAGCACCAAGGCGCCAUGAACGGCUCGGCACUGCUCGGGGACGGGCUGGCGGUGGCGCCGGUGGCAGCGGCGGCCCCGGUGACCGUGAUGGGUGCGGAGGUGUGCUGCUCGGUGGAGCGGGCAGAGGAGAUCAUGGGCACGGAGGCCCUGGGCAUGGGCAUGAGCAUGGGUCUGGGCGCGGGCGGCCGCAUGCUGGAGGUGGAGCACGCGGUGGCCGUGGAGUGUGACGACCAGGUGCUGGGCGAGCUGGACACGGCCGGCCUGGAGGAGUUCUCCCGACGCAUCUACGCUCUCAACGAGAACAUGCCCAGCUUCCGACGGCCACGCAAGGGCUCCGACAAGUGAUUGACCAGGACCUGGGGACUGGGGUCAAAGGUCAUGUCCUGGGGUGAGCCCGCAAAAGGACACAUACCACACACAUGAUCAUAUAUAUAUUUAUAUA